CUGAACCUGAUCGCAACCUCGGCGACAUGAUCCAUGGCCCUCCCGCUUCUUGCGACGACGUCGCCGCUGUCAAGUCUCGUGUACAGUCCACCGUGCUGUCCUUGGAGGAGAAGUUGAACCAACUGCACGCACCGUGUUUGACGGACAUAGAGACUUCCGGCGACAGGCUGCGCAAGCGGGUGAAGUGUGACACUCAGACCCUCAAAGCGCACGUUGUAGCGCUCGAGAUACAAGCAGGCGAAUCCAUGGCCCAGUUCAACGACGACUUUCAGGAGAUCCAGGAUGCGUGCAAGGACAUCUGCACCAAAGCGCAGUCCGCCAUAGCCCACUUGAUGAAGCAUGCAGCUCAAGACACCCUUCUUUCCUCGACGAAGAGCGUGGAGGCACUCCGCAGGAGACAUUUCUCGAGUUGAUCCACAAGAGACACACAUCAACUGAACGUUCAGCGCAGCCGAGACUCUCCUGUUUUUUUUUUUUUUUACUUUUUUUCACUUUCUGGUUUCUUACUGACUUUCUGAUCUGCACCAGAGGUACAAUCCCAACCUCGGCUAUGAUCCAGGUCGUCGAGAGGUCGACCGAACACAUGUGAAAUUGGUCGCAUCCAAAACAUGCAAUUACAUGCUGCAUAUUAGCACCCAUUU